CCCAAUUCCAUAGCUGGAAAACGCUUGGAGAGAGAAGCACGGUGCAGCACGACCGCAGUGGAAGAAUCUAAACCACGGGACAUGCACGGGGAAAAAGCUAUGCAAUGUCCUUUUGAAGGGGAAUUCGUGCGCACUGAAGAAUGCUCAAAUCUUAACCGACCAUGGCGUUUGCAUAAUUAACGCUUCUCAUGUAGGUCAGUAGCCGCACGUCGUCCUGGGAUCACUUAUGUUCUAGUCGAAUCUCACUACUGGUCUACUUCCAUCCUGGCUGUGUCCCCCCCCCGCCCCCCAACCCACCCCGCCUCCGCCGUCCCGUGGUCAGAAUGGACAAGACAGCCUGCAGUCCGACUCUUCCAGCUGCCAACAAAAAUAACUCUGGGUCGCUUUCCGCGGAGAGGGGGACGAACAGCGGGAGGAAGAUCGCAAGGACGGGUCCGCAGAGCCCCGGUUCAGCCUCCCUCGGCAGCUCAAGCGGAGUCGCGGGAGGUCGGGGAGGUUUACUCGGGAACAGUAUGCAUUCACAGCAUGCUGGGAAACGACAGUUGGAAGGAGUGCUGAGCAAAUACACCAACCUCCUUCAAGGCUGGCAAAACAGGUACUUUGUCCUGGAUCCGGAGUCGGGGCACUUGCAGUACUUUGUCAGCGAGCAGGGAAAGAGCCAGAAACCCAGGGGGUCCCUUCCCCUGAUCGGUGCCUCGGUGACCCCCAGCGACGAGGCCCCACACAUGUUCGUGGUGAACUCAAACGGCGAGCUGUACAAACUCCGAGCCUCUGACGCCAAGGAGCAGCAGUUCUGGAUGAGCCAACUCCAAGCCUGUGCCAGACGCCACUCUGACUCCAGUGCCAAGGUGAGGAAGCUGAAGGGAUCCGAUGAACACCUGAGCGUGGAAAGGGCUGGAGGGAGCCAGGAGGGGCUGGGCCCCUCCUCCUGUGGCGGCCGCACCCGGAGCUUCUCCCUCCUCCCCCACCUCCCUCAGCCGUCGUCCUCCUCCUCCUCCUCGCCCAGCUCCCAGAGGCACUUUGGCGCCAACGUGGCCCCGCCCACCAACAUCGUCUCCAUCACGCACCACAAGUCCCCCGCCGCGGCGCGGCGCUCGCGGAGCCAGUGUCCCCCGCGUCUCCACGAGGUCAAAGAGGUGAUGUCCCAGGCAGAGGGCCAGCAGAAGAACCUGGUCCACUCCAUCGACGCGCUGCCCACCAAGGGACCCCUGUCCUGCCUGGACCAGGACCUGCUGCUGCUCAAGGCCACCUCGGCGGCCACCCUCAGCUGCCUGGGGGAGUGUCUGAACAUCCUCCAGCAGAGCCAGGGCCAGCCCCUCUCUAAGGCCUCCCAGCCCAACCACACCAUCCUCGGAGCCCAGUCGGAUGGUGCACCUGUGUGGACUGUACCAAAGUCGCCCUCGGGGGAGCACCUGAAGAACGGCGGCCCGACGCCCCUGCGCUUGGCCGAGCCCUCCCCGUCCCUCAGGAAGAAGGGAAUGUCCCCUGGUGCUGAGGUGAGGAUGGCCUGCCGACUCUCUCUGCAGCCGAGCCUGGAGGACAUCGGAUCCAGGGAGGAGAUGACGGACGUGGAGGACAACGAGGAGGAGGACCUGGGGGUGCUGGACGACCAGCGGAGCAUCAUCCUCCACCUGCUCUCCCAGCUCAAACUGGGCAUGGAUCUGACGCGGGUAGUGCUGCCCACCUUCAUCCUGGAGAAGCGCUCGCUGCUGGAGAUGUACGCCAACUUCAUGGCCCAUCCGGACAUGUUCCUGUCCAUCACUGCCGGGACCACCCCCGAGGACCGCAUGGUCCGCUUCGUGGAGUACUACCUGACCGCCUUCCACGAGGGCCGCAAGGGCGCCGUGGCCAAGAAGCCCUACAACCCUGUCCUGGGCGAGAGCUUCCACUGCUCCUGGGAGGUGCCGCGGGACAAGGUCAAGCCCCUGGUGAGGUCCAACCAGGGGUCCCACGGGCGGGAUCCGUCCUGGGCCCCUAACAACAGCCCCCAGCCCAGCCCUGCGGCGGAGGACCCUAACCCGGGAGGCUGCUACCGGGUGGGCUUCGUGGCGGAGCAGGUGUCCCACCACCCGCCCGUGUCCGGGUUCUACUGCGAGUGCCGGGAGAGGAACAUGUGUGUGAACGCCCACGUGUGGACCAAGAGCAAGUUCAUGGGGAUGUCCAUAGGGGUGUCCAUGGUGGGGGAAGGAGUGCUGAGCCUGCUGGACCACGACGAGGAGUACGUGUUCACGCUGCCCAGCGCCUUCGCCCGCUCCAUCCUCACCGUGCCCUGGGUGGAGCUGGGGGGAAAGGUCUCCAUCAGCUGUGCCAAGAGCGGCUACUCGGCCACCGUCACCUUCCACACCAAGCCCUUCUACGGGGGGAAGGUCCACCGAGUGACUGCGGAGGUGAAGCACAACCCCACCAACGUGGUGGUCUGUAAGGCCCAGGGGGAGUGGAACGGCACGCUGGAGUUCACCUACAGCAACGGGGAGACCAAGGUGAUGGACACGGCCAGGCUGCCCGUCAUCAAGAAGAAGCUGCGGCCGGUGGACAAGCAGGGCCGGACCGAGUCCAGGCGGUUGUGGCAGCACGUCACCAGGUCUCUGAAGGAGGGGAACAUGGAGGAGGCCACGGAACACAAGCACCAACUGGAGGAACGCCAGAGGGCAGAGGAGAAGCAGAGAGCGGGGAACAACACACCCUGGACCCCCAAACACUUCACCAAGGAGGGAGAAGGCUGGACCUUCAACAACACACUGCGGAAGUCUCCCUGACCACAGCACCUCCACUACCCCCUGGACUAUCAAUAAAAACCCUUCGCCCCACCCUCCUCCUCCUCCUCCACUCUGAUGGCAAAGACACUGAGGAGGAACGUGGAAGGGAACCAGGUGCCAAAUGGUUUGGGCGGGGUUGGGGGGAGGGGGGGGUCAUCACUGUAUCGGUGAUUCUCGUUGCAGGGUUCUUUAUCAGACAAAUAUAGUAUACAUUUUUAUAUGAUAGUAUCGCGUGAGAGUAUUUCUAUAUAUAUUUAGUUUUUUUUUCUUGCGCACUCAAAGACAUUCGCCACCGGUGUUUGUGCUGCUCUCCUCACGUGCGCGCGUGCGUGUGUGUGUGUGUGUGUGUGUGUGUGUGCGCUCUCAGUGUCUAUUUUUUCACAUUCCAAAGCCUUUCGUUGUCAUGCAGCUUUAAAACAAAUCCAAAUCGUACCGCUUGGCAAGGCCGCCAUCACAGAUCCGCUCGGGGGACGGCAGAUGUGCGUCUCACACACAAAGCGUUGUCGUCGCCAGGCUUAACGUGGUUCCUCCGAGCGCGCGCGACAACAACAAAAUGGCCGCCGCUUUGUCAUCGAGGCCGGCGGCAAAACCGGACACCUCACCGUUUGUGGAUGUUUUUAUUUUAUUUUAUUUUUAACCGCUAGAACAUGAAUGUACCCGGUCACACCACGAUGUUGGUACUAGGUGUCUCAUUGAUUUUUUACACGACGUGAACGGCAGUGUGUUGUCUCCAUGUCUGUUAUUGUGCCACGGUGAGCUUUCAUCAGCCUAGUAAUUUAUUCUCAUCUCGGUUCCCCACCCCUUCCUAAUGCACCCUUGUUUUCCAACUACGUUCACCCUCUAAUCACAGGCAUUAGCUCUAUAAUAAUACCAUGCACACACACACAGACACACUUCCUGUGCAAUACACAAUAUUACGUUUACCCUGAGGGGGGGGGGGGGUCCUCUGUGUUCGAGUGUGUGUGUGUUCGAGUGUGUGUAUCCUCUGCGUAGCAUAGAGGUGAUUAGGCAGAGGGUGCACUCAGCUCACGCUCGGCGAUGCAAAUAUAUCUCUGUUGGAUGAAGCCCAGAGAUAUUUUGAACAUGCAUAGGAGGGGAUGCAUACGGGGAAGGACACGACCCCCAGUACCCCACUCGAGGGAGCCACUGUUUGGCUGCAGGAAGAUGAAAGAAGGCAUUAAGCUCCCCAGAGUAUUAAAGAGGGAAGCCACGUGUGUAAGGAGAUGUUUCCAGUAAUCUAUUUACAACUUGAAUCCUGAAUACGCUUAUCCACAUGCCUUUUUUCUUUCACCAUGUAUUCCUGCCAUUGCCAAAAAAUGUAACCCUUUGCUGUGUGGUAUUUUUAACAAUUUCUCAAAUAUUCUUAUGACGGUGAGAAGGAAAAUGUAGGUCAGUGUGUUGUUUAUUCAGUGUUAGUGGACAAAGCAAUGCAGGGACCUAGAGACAAGCAUUGCUCGAUUCCUUCCCGAAUUGGUGAUGUUUAGGUAGCGAGAUGUACCCAAACCUAUAUACUUCUCAACCAUUUUUGUUUCAACACAACGUCGGUACACUCUGCUGUCGAAUCUAAAGUCGUCAACGUGUAAUCACAGGUACCAACAAACUGCCAGGCAACAACCACUGUGUUCCAUUGUUCAUGAACACUAGCUUUAUAUGAAACUAGCGAGCACUUUUUUAAAAGAAGGAAAUGCUGAUGUGAGAUGUGAGACGGAGAGAAGGUGUCCGCAUUAGAAUACACGCCACACACACACACAUCCAUUUGUCUUAAUUUGAUCAAACGUUAAUUUCACUUCAGUUCGAUAUCCUGAAUGUAUUGUCCUUGUUCUUUCUUGACCCAUGACCGAAUUACUCUUUAGGUAGAAUACCUAUGCAACGCCACAAACCAUAGGUUGAAGGAGACUUUGAAGAAAAAUAAAAAGGUUUAGUAGAAUCUUUGUUCUAAUAAAUGUGGAAUUUAAA